AUGUCCACUCUGAAGUACACCCACGCUGUAGUCUGUCGAAUACCGAAAACGUACGGAAAUGACGUCCAAAGUGACUACCCAAGAGCUAAAUUUCAACACGAAUGCUUCGUCAGAGCUCUUCGAGACACCGGUAUUGAUGUGGUAGAACUACCACCAGAUGAGGCUCUGCCUCUUUGCGGAUUUGUCGAGGAUACUGCUGUCAUUUGCAAUGGCAUUGCGUUAAUUACCAGACCUGGACAGCCGUCUCGUAUUAAAGAG